GAAGUAACCGACCUGACGGGAGUUUGUAAACAGAAGUCGUCAGCAGUUUGGUAAAAGAAAUGAUCAAAACUGCAAGAGAAGCCUAAAGUAGCUGCCAAAACUGUGCAUAAUAUGUGAUACAUGAAGACGGCUUAUUGUUCUGGCUCUUAAAUGUAGUGGUUAAAAAUGUCAGGGCUUCAGCUAGAUGCAGACACACCCAGAAUGUCUUCUCAAGCCAAACUGCCUGUGUCUAGGAUGCCAAGCAUUCAACCACAGAGCACAGAUAUCCCCAUUGUUAUGAGUGAAGAUGUAUAUGAUGGAUCACUGGGCAAACACCAGCAGUGUUUUGUACUAGUGGAGGAAAGAACAGUUGGAGUCAUGCCAGGUGACUCAACAGUACAAAGUCUGUUGACAGAGCAGGAGGAUGCUAUUGGGGUUAGCUCAGAGAAGGCAGUUCAGGUGAUGCAGAUGGAUGGCAGCAAAACAUUAGAAAUGGUGAAUGUGGAUAAUAAGGAGACAGUAGAGGUGAUGCACAUAGAGGAUGGAAGAACAGUGGAAGUGUUGCAUAUGGAGGAUGGCAAAACGGUAGAAGUUGUCCAGAUGGAUGGAGGGAAAACUCUCGAAGUAAUGCACAUAGAUGCCGGUAAACAUUCAGAAGUGAUUCAUGUUGAUGGUAGUAGCAGCAUUGAGCUUAUGACUGAUAAUGAACCACUCAAAGUACCAAUUGUAACUAACUCUCCAUCUGUGGUAUUUAACAAGAGAAAAGAGAAAUAUAUGCUAUCAGGAGGAUGCACUCAGUCCUUAUCAUCCAUGGCUAUGAAGAGGGUCAUUACAACCCAGAGUAGUCACGAGUCAACGAGUUUGAGUUUAAGAUCACUGACUACCAUCAACCCUUCUAUUGUACUGUCAACAGGGGAAAACAGACUGCUCACCAGUCAAGAAUUCAGUCGUAUGACUUCAAGAGCACCUUUCACUCCCAGCAGAAAGUCACAGGUUGCUGAUGCCAUCACGCACGUUAGCCCAAACAUAGUCUUGUCCGGUGGUAAGGAGGUUCUUUCCCGUGGUGUCGAUACCAUGAACAAUACUAUAAUAAUAUCUUGGCCCACCAUAUCAUCAGAGGCAGAAAAUACAAUAGCAACGCAGACAGAUCCAUGUGAUGGCCAUGGGCCGAGCAUGAAUUUAUUUUUUUGCACGUUUUUUGCUGAUGGCAGUGUACAGACUCAAUGUGAUAUGCCCAUGCAGUGCCAUGCAAGUGUGUCUACUGUCAGUAGUGCCCGCUUUGGAGCACGAUCUAAAUUACGGAUUAAUGGUGAUCAUAGUGAUGAUAGAGACCCAUUAUCAAUCAAGAUGGAAGGAGAAGAGGGUUAUGAUUCUGAGUUAAUAGAUCCAAGAUUCUCCAGAAGUGGCCGUAUUCUGAAGGGUAAAGGCCCAUUGUUUAGUUUGGAAUCAAGUUUGGGGGAUGGAGACACGGACUGUGAUCCUGACUUUGAAAUAAAAGGGGAAGAAAUUGGUGAAGAAAAUGUGGGUCAUCAAAGUUUAGUGUACAGGAAGAAGAGAGGAAGAAAAAGAAAAAGACGUCUCCCAUCUCCUGAUGAUUUUGAUGAUGAACUGGUGCUUGCUAAUGGGGAUGAAACAGAUGGCAUGAAUGUGGAAGCUUCAAUUAAAGACGAACCAAUGGAUGCAGAUGAUGAUGAAUUAGCCAUGGAAAUCUUGAGAACAAAAGGGUAUGGAUUAAGAACGAAACGGCGACCAAAGAAACUAAGUGAUAUGCACUACAUAGAGGAAAAGGCAGUUAAAAAACGAAUGGAGAGAACUCAAGAAUUUUCCUGUCAUGUGUGCACAAGAAUAUUCCCAACAUUUUCACGAUUACAAAGGCAUGCCAAGGAGGUGCACGAUUCCACUGAAUUUGCAUUCCCAUGUGAUCUUUGUGGUGUUGUUUUCACUAGGCCCCAUAACUUAGAACGCCAUAAAGAUACAAAGCACAGUGAUGGUGAAAGGCGUUUUGUUUGUGAACUUUGUGGACGGAGGUUUGGACGUCAAGAUGUACUUUCGGUACAUAUUUCAAUGGUUCAUUUUAAAAAGGGCUUGCAAGGUAAAAAAGGACCUUCAGUUCUUGGACCUAAUACUGUGCACUGUACCAGUUGUGAUAAAUUUUUUUCCAAAGAACAAAAAUUAAAGGAACAUAGACAAGGAAAUCUAACUUGCAAUGAUUGUUCAAUAUCCUUUGAAUGCAAGACAUCUCUGAGAAUACAUCAAUACAAGCACCAUCCAACAGCUUGCAAUGAAUGUGGAAAGGUUUGUGAUAGUAAGCAGCAAAUGUAUUUUCAUCGUUUAUCACAUGCACCCAAGUUUGUGUGUAAGUAUUGCAACAAAGGAUUUUUGUGGAAGUCUCAGUAUACAGUCCACAUGGCAACACACACCGGUGAAAAAAAUGUCAUGUGUGAUAUAUGUGGUAAAUCCUUUGCUCAUAAACUUGCUGUGAGUAAACACAAGUGGCAGGAACACAAUGAAAAUAAUAAAAAAUUCAAGUGCCAAACCUGUGGUAAAUCUUUUGUGUAUAAAGGAAAACUGCAAUCACAUGUGCGUAGUCAUACUGGAGAGAAACCAUUUACGUGUCAUCUCUGCUCUUCUACUUUCUCUCAGCGAUGUAAUUUGACAGCACACAUAAAGAGUGUUCAUGGUGUGUACAUACAGUCCAUCAAGAGUGAUGGAACAACUCAAACUCAGCUUGUAAAAUAUAAACGUGCUAAGAAAAUUGCGCCAAGCGAACCACCACCACCACCACCACCACCACCACUACCACCGCCAACAGCUGUGGUAAACACUGUGAUAUCUCCACCUGUUGAACCUCAAGCUGCUGCUAAUCAGCCUCAAGUUGCUAUCCAGGAACAAGUACAAAUGUCCGAGUCAUUUGAAACCGAAGCAGCUGUUUACCAGAUUGUAUAUGCAUAUCCUCAGUAGCCUGCUCAUUCAUUUUGAAAGCUUCGUCUUUGCUGUAUGUUGUUUUUUAUAGUAUUUAUGCAAUAUUUGUUAUGUUUAUUAAAAGGCAGUAUGUAUAGUGCUGUAUGAAUAUUUAGUAUUUAUGUUGGUUUAGUUGGUGAAUACAAGAAAGUACGAAAACAAGAUCAUGGGAUGAUGUAAAUCAGAAAAAGAUUGCAAUAAAUUUAAGCUGGCAUAAGAGUGUAAAAAGAGAAACAAAUUAAAUAAUUAAUAUAU